AAGCGCGCGGUGUGAUGGUCGAUGUACUGGACCAUCACAACAGAUCAGACUAUAGCAGGUGGCACUGUACCCUUGUGUAACGCUUACUGUGAUGUUCUAAUCAGCAAUAUAUUUUGUUGAUAACAUCUUCGAGCGCUAUGUUGAGGUCAUCAUGAUAUAAGGUUCCAACACUACACCAUCUCGGAGCUCCAGUGUGAAAUGCUAAUGUGUCUCGGCAGCCACACAAGAUGGAUGCGGCAUCAGAGCUGAUCAAACUUUCUUCGAGUGAUUCCAUUUAUGGAACACUGUCCAAUUUUGAUAUAGAGAAAAAAAUUGGUAAAGGUCAAUUCAGUGUUGUAUACAGAGCAAGAUGCAAGAUCGAUCAUGCUGUAGCGGCCUUAAAAAAGGUCCAAAUCUUCGAGAUGAUGGACUCAAAAGCCAGAUUAGACUGCAUGAAGGAAAUAAAUUUACUUCAAAAACUAAAUCAUCCAAACAUCAUUCAAUAUCUGGCAUCUUUCAUUGAGGACAAUGAGCUUAACAUUGUCCUGGAGCUGGCAGACGCAGGGGAUCUCUCUCGAAUGAUUAGACAUUUUCGAAAGCAGCAGCGCCUUAUUCCAGAAAAAACGAUAUGGAAGUACUUUGUGCAGCUCUGCUCUGCAUUAGACCACAUGCAUUCAAAGAGAAUCAUGCAUAGAGACAUAAAGCCAGCCAAUGUCUUCAUCACUGCCCAAGGUGUGGUCAAGUUGGGAGACCUGGGUCUGGGGAGGUUCUUUAGUUCCAAAACAACAGCUGCACACUCACUAGUGGGCACACCUUACUACAUGAGCCCUGAGAGAAUCCAUGAACAUGGAUAUAACUUCAAAAGUGACAUCUGGUCCCUAGGAUGUUUAUUAUAUGAGAUGGCAGCUUUGCAGAGUCCAUUUUAUGGUGAUAAGAUGAAUCUUUAUUCCCUGUGCAAGAAGAUUGAGACCUGUGACUACCCUCCACUCCCAUCUGACCAUUACUCCUCCCAGCUCAGAACCUUGGUAGAUAACUGCAUAAACCCAGAGCCAGAUAACCGACCAGAUAUUAUUCACGUGUACGGCGUUGGGCGAGAUAUGCACAGCCAGACACAGUCACCCAGCUCUUGUAGUUCGGCCAUGUCUGCUGCCCGCAUAUCAAAUGCCGAAGAAAAGAGCAUGGAUGAAAAUAGACGUAGUUUAGAACAGAUCAGACUACGGGACUAGCAACGCGCUAACUGGCGUAAGUAUACACGGUGUGAAGAUAAAAAUGAAAGAAACACUCCAGCUGUAAAUAGUGCUUGGAAUGACCAGCCUGCACCCAUAGGUGCUACUGAGGCAGACAAGAGUGGGAAUAUGGAAACUGCAAUGCCAGGACCUGCCUCUGGAGCAAGUACCUCAGGUGAUGCAUGGUCUCGUACCCAAAGCUCCGCCCAUCAGACUCAUACGAGAGCACUGGAAGCAACCGUAGCCGGAGUCUUAGACGCAGCUCGGGCUCCAAUGGUAAGACAGAGAAAACGGGUCAGCAGCGUCCUCCCAUGCGUCAUCGCCUUCCCGGGAAUUCAAGACCUCUCGCUUGUUUCCAUCUCAAAUGGGAGUGACAUGAGGAAUUCAUCGCCCCGUGAUAUGAUAACUACACCACCUCAUGGGGCAGGGAUGUAUCCUCCCAGGAACCGUUAUAAUGUGAGGCUCCCACCACUCGGUAAAAAGCAAUAUUAAACUCACUAUAUACACUGGAGUGUUUAAAGAAUUUUUCAUUUCCAUGACUUUUGUAUCUAAUGCCAAAUUUUAAUUCACUUUAGUAUCAGCCAUUAGCAAGACUUGGCAGAAAUCAUCACAAAGAGUAGCUCAAUUUUGGCCAAGGUUUUAUUCACAUUAAACUGCCACCAGAAAAAUUUGGGCACUUUAAACUGUUGCAGUAAAGAAAUACUGUAUACUGAAUUUAAGCCAAUAUUUUCCAAAUUAUGUUUAAUCAGAAAUAUGGUGAUUAGACCAUCACCGUGCAUACAUAUGCCAGUUAGAAACUUAAUUAUUGUGUGAAUGGAACUAUAUGGAGGUAUUUUUAAGUGAUAUUUGUCAGUAAUUAGGGAUAGUACUAAGCAAGAACAGUGUUCAUCUCAGGGUUGGUGAUUUUUUUUUUAUUAAUUCGAUUUUUUAUUUAUAUAUUUUGUCAUUAUUGAUUUUUUUCAGUACAGUAUACUGAACACUGUUCAUGUCCUAUCUGUCCACUGUUGGUUCACAGAAUGAGUUGCCAGUGUUCCUAAAGAUAGCAUAUUCCAAAGCUUAAUAUAUUACACAGAAAAAUCAUAAUAAACUGUUAUUAUUAUGACAUGACUUUAAAUCUCAGCACAAAGUUAUACAAGAAUUUUAUUUUAUAAAUCUUCAAAUUUCUUUUUUGUUAACUUUUUGAUGAAAAAAAAAUCAUGAUUUUUUUGAUUGAUUUAAUCAAGUGAUUAAAUCCAAUUGAUUUAAUCAAUGCCAACCCUGUUUCAUCUUGCCUAGCACAAAAUAAAAAAUUCAUAUGGAGGAUGUUAGUUCAUUGUGGUGUGGAUGAUAGUUAGAUUAAUAGAAGUUUUAUACUGAGACAACCAUCCACACACUGUACUUAAUGUAUAUACUGUGGAAUGCCUAUUAUACUUAACCAUCCAUUAUUCUGUGAUAAGAUGUUGAGACUCUUCAUGUAAACUUAGUUUGAUGGCCAAUCUGAGUCUCUGCAUUUUAUAUUAAUUAUAUUUUUGUUUAUGUAAGGGGAAGAGAGUAAUAUUAACAAAUCUGAGAAUAAAAUCUUAAUAGUAUAUAGGAUUGACAGCCACUGCACACUUUCAACAUUAACUAAUGAAUUCUCACUCAAGUAGACACUUACUUCAUCACUUGGAUAUGUUGUUGGGUCACCAUUGUGCUUCAUUAGUAAGCAGGUGUCACUGAUCACCAUUCAUCAAGUGGUAAAUGAACUAUCCAAGUGCUCAAGAAUUCUUCUUCCAAAACUCACUUUACAUGUAACUCUGAUUUAGCAGUCACUGUAAAUCUUUUGUAAGAGAACUCCCCUCACUACUUCUGAACAAGGCAGUUCAGAAAGAAUAUAUCGAUGCUAUUUUGUUACUUUCAUGUGACAAGGUGAUUGGCAAAUUAAAUGUUCAAUAUCAAUGUAUAACUUUGAGAAACCAUAUCAUGUACAGUUAUGAAAUAGUUGAAAAAUAAUGAAGUAAAGGUAUAUUCCAGGAUCAGAUAUCACCUGAGACUCACGUUAGUACUGUUUAAGUCAAACGGAUACGUAGUUGUAUAUAAAGGUGUGGGUAACAAGUAAUACCUGUACUGUAUACUGUAAAUAUGUCAUACAAAAAUGGACUAAGAAUUUACUAAUGCAUGCAUUAUACAUGAUGUUUACAGAAUACAAGGUGUAUCAAACGUUGUGUUUAUUGUAGGUCGGGUGAAAUAGGCCCGAUCCUAAUAAGCUUCAACCUAACUUAACCAAUACAAUUGUGGCUAAAUCCUAAUGGGCUAGAGUCCCAAUGGUGAGGUUAAGUUUGGGUUAUUUAAGAUUGUCACUUACUGUAUUUGACCUGUAACCUUUAUUGUAUACUGCUGACUACUGUUUUGUGUGAGAGUAAUGCUUUAUUUGCUAAGACAGAAUGUAAGUUCUCCUUGAGUACCUUAGCUCUUAAAAUACAGGGUGGACCAAAAAACUUGACACAUUUACAUGGCUGUGGAGACUCACUGCACUGUAGUGUAUGUGUCAGUUAUUUCUCAUCCACCUUGUAUAAUAUACCCAGGUUAUCAUAAUUACUGCUGAUGUCAAAUAAAAUGGAGCUUCAUAGUUAAAUCUGUUAUUUAUUUUUACAAGAAGAAAGAAUCCAAAAAAAUUAAUGAUGAAACUUGAAUAACAGUUAGAAAUAAGGCUAAUGUUGGGGUUUUACCAAGUGACUCUUUGAAGUAAAAUAGACUACAAUAAAUCUUUGAGUUAACAUGCCCUUAACAGAGUCUUGGCUUUCAUUCUAGUAUGUUAUGAAUUGAUCUACAUUAUUAGUUACUUUACUAGAGAAGAAGUUUGAACUCAACUCUUAUGAGGACAAGUUAAUUGACCAGCAAUGGCUUGUGAAAGUUUGCGGUUUCUUUCAAUUUUAGAAUUCUUUUGACUAAAUCCGGAAACUAAAUUUAAUUCAUGCUGUGGCUUACUAUGUUUGUUACAUAUACUACAUAAUACUUUCAUCUUAAUUGCCUUUCCUUUCAUUAGGUUGCAAUAGUUGGCAUAAAGGAAGCUGUUCUAAGGAGUCACACACACACACACACACACACGGACGAUUUGAGAAAAAAACAAAGUUUGGGUUAGGCAUUGUGUUUAGGUUAAAUUGAUUACUCAUCCUUUUGGACCACAUGAAGACUAAUCAACCAACCCAACUUAUUUCACCUGAUAAACAUCCUCAUGCGAACCAAACAUAAACCUAAUCAAACCUUUUGGAUCAUGUGAAGAUUAGUCACCUACAGCUUAUUUCACUACGAUAAAACACACUCAUUCUAACCUAACCUAAUCUACAUAACCCAAACCCUCAGGUGGUUUAAGAGUGUUGUUUAAUCAUCAGGUGAAAUAAACUUGUGUAACUAAUCUUCUUGCAAUCUAUACGUUUAAUCAUUUCAGUACCAUUCAUAAAAAAGAUAUCAUUUUGUAUGAAGUUAUGGGGUAAAGAAGGUAGAGGUCUAAUCUUCUCUGUUUUCACCCAACAAAAAUAAUUUCAACUGCACAAACUUAAUGAAGGAAAAAAUCUUAUAAAACAAAGUCUUAUUGAUAUUUUUGUACAUAUUUUCUUGUAUAGUACCUGGCCUCUUUUAUGUGUAAUACUAGUCCUAUGGAAACUAUACCAAUGGAAACCCAACCUUAAAUAAAUAAUACUGUAUAUAUAAAUAAUAUGUGCAAUCCAUGAUGUAUUUCAGAUAAUACUGUACUGUACUUAAAUUUUGUCAGUAAUAUUCAGUAGUAUUUAAUAUUUAUGACUUUUUGUGAUGUUCGUAUCAUCACAAAGUACAGAGACUAGUUACGUACUGUACUCUUAUUUUGUGAUAGUGUCGUAUAUAUAUAUAUAUAUGUUUUUCAGUCAUUAUCACAGUAGUAAAUGUUCAUAAUUAUUUACUAUUACACUGAUAAAGUUUCUACCAAAAAAUUAAAAAUAAUUAUUCUU